GAAAGAAGAAAAAGAAGCAAGUUAGCUUGAUAUAUAUAUAUCAACAAGAUCCAUUUCAAGGUCUUGGAUCACAUCAAGUUCUUCUUAAGGACUUUUAGCUCUUGAUCAAACUAUGGAUAUGUCAUCAACAAGAUGGAUUUCAGAAAUGGGAAUUGAUGAUGUUAGUUUCAUGGAUCAAUGGGACAUGGGAUCAUUAGAUCAGUUCAUUUUACAACCAUAUGAUCAACAAGAGACAUUGCAAUGUCCUCCUCCAUUGAUGAACACCAUGUCAAACACCUUGAGUUACUCAUCAAUGGCUUUAGAGAAGCCGAAGAAGAUGCCGAGGACCGGAAGUUGGAGCUCAACACAAGCACAACCACCGGAUGCUUCUCCGACGAGCAUUCUUUCGUUCGGUAGCUCAGAUUCUCCAGUGAAUCAUUCUAAUAUGUACGAAGAGUUCUUGAUUGAAGAUGUCAAGCCAAAGGACUUGAGGUUUCUCAUCCCAAAGGGUUCGAAAAGAAGUCAUGAAAUCAUGGUUGAGCAAGGAGUCAAGAAGACUGUCGCCGGAGCUAGGCCGCCAUCUUAUCAAGAUCAUAUAAUCGCUGAGAGGAAACGGCGAGAGAAGCUUAGCCAAAGAUUCAUUGCUUUAUCAGCAAUGAUCCCUAACUUGAAGAAGAUGGACAAAGCUUCGGUUCUUGGAGAUGCAAUUAGAUAUGUGAAACAGCUUCAAGAAAAUGUGAAGACACUUGAAGAACAAGUGGUGAUGAAGAAAGUGGAAAGUGCUGUUCUUGGACAAACAAAUCCUAAUGGUGAUGACAAUUCAAGCCAAGUGAAUCCUAAUAUUGAAGUAAAGCAAACAGAGAAGACAAUUCUUAUAAAGAUACAAUGCGAGAACCGAAAGGGAAUGAUCACGAAAGCACUCUUCGAGAUCGAAAACCUCAAUCUAUCAAUCACCAACACAAGUUCGAUGUCGUUUCCUUCGUCGUCUCUAGACAUUACCGUCUUAGCUAAUAUUGAAGAGGGAUUCUCAAUGACAGUGGAGGAAGUUGUGAAGAAGCUAAGCAUAGCUCUCUAAGAAACAAAGAUGGUGUUUCACUAGUCUACAAAGAAGGCUAGUGUUCUUUCUAAUAAAAAAUUAAGUACUACUUAGAAGUUGUUUUCUGAAAACAAGGCCUGAAAUUUCCUCCCUCCUUCUUUGAUCUCUCUCAUCUAACUUUUGAUCUUUUUCAUCUUCAUUGCACCUUGCAUGGUUGACUAAAAGGCCAUGUGUUUUUUGUGGAGAUGAAAAAGGUGGCAUAUAUAUAUAUAAAUAAUAUUUUGAGCUUUCAUUUUCUUUUUUAAGGCCCUUAAUUGGAGGAGUUAGACUUGCAAAAACACACUGUUGUUUUUCCUUCUCUGAGUAUCUAUUUGGCCUUUGUUUCAUUUGGAAGUUUUCAGCCUUUCACUUCUGUUCAUCCUUUUUUUCUGCUUUCAAGCACUUGUCUUCGCCUAAUAGGCCUAGUUUUCAGAAAUUUGGUCUCUCUCUCUCUCUCAUGUGUAUCAGAUGGCAAACUCUUUAAGGAUGUUUUAAUGCAUGCAUGCAUAUAUAUAUAUAUAUAUAUGAACAAAUAAAUAAAGUUAUAUCUUUUGUUUCCA